AUGUCUUUAUUUGAAGUUCCUGAUUGGAAUCUUGGAGAGUUAAUAACUCAAAAACCUGAAACCAAUAAAAAUAAUAGUAAACGUAAACAUCGCAAAAAUAAAAUUUCAAAAGACAAGAAAAAGAAAUCAUAUGAUGAAAAGGUGAAAAAUGUAGAUAAAAAAGAAGAAGUCGGUAACAGUAGUAGUAAUAUGAACAAUACCAAAAAGAAGGGCAAAUCAUCACCAUCAUCAAAAAAAAAUGUUUCAUUACAACAAAAAGCCAGGAUGAAUUUAUUAGAAAGCAAAUUUCGAUGGUUGAAUGAACAACUUUAUAAUAAGACAAGUACUUCAGCAUUUGAAUUAUUUAAAAACAAUUCAAAAUUAUUUGAUGAGUAUUUGAAACAAAAACCUAAAAAUUUAAUAGUAGCAGAUUUAGGAUGUGGAGAAGCAAAGAUUGCUAAAGAGGCUCCAAAUAAAAUCCUAUCUUUCGAUUUUGUCGCUAAAAAUGAUAAAAUUAUUGUUUUUAUAUUUUCUUUAUCAUUAAUGGGAACAAAUUAUAUUGAAUUCUUGAAAGAAGCACAUCGUGUAUUAAAACCAAAGUAA